AUGCGGUUUGGUAAAGCCGCCUGGCUCUACGGGAGCAAUGUGGUCCUUCUAAUCGCCGUCAUUCUAUUCCUUCUGGCCACCUUCCUCAUGCUCAUAAACCCGUUGUUCGCUCUGAUUCCAAUUGAACAAUUUGAUCCAUAUGUUCUUGGUUAUUGCAUUGUGAAUGUUUGUUUGGUAAGAAUUUCCGAUUCUCACGUGGACAGUCGACACUUUUUUAGGCGAUUCUCUGCGUUGCAACUAUCGUGGCUAUCAGACAACGACAAAUCACCGUCGUCGUAUUCUGUCACUGGAUCACUUGCUGCACCCUCAUCGUGGAUGCUAUCAUGAUCUUCGUGUUUGCCAGCAUCAUGUCCACCGCCCACACGUCACUAUAUUCUCACAUGCGUCUUCUUCAUGAGACCGAUGUAACUAUUCCCUUCACUUUCUCACAACGAACAUCUAUUCAGAAGAACUUGUGCCCGGUUUGGGACGUGGCAUAUCACACGCUCUCAUGUUGCCCACCAAAAGAAGUGCUGAAAUCAUGUACAGGUAUGAAAAUAUGGUUACAUUACAUGGUUACACAACGCUUUGUAUUCAGAUUUCCUAAACGCGACAAAACUCUUUUGCCCUGCCGAUCAUUCAAACGAUUGCUACGUUCAUCUCAAGAAGUGAGUAACAUCAUCAUUAUGAUUCAUAACUAUUAGCCCUUACAGAUGGCUCCAUUCAAACACAGAAAUUGUGGGCUGCCUCGCCUUCUGCGUCAUCACGCCUUUGAAACUAUUCAUGAUCGCGGCGCUUCGCAAAGACAUCGAAAAGGUUGAGACAGAAAUGGCCGAGCUGGAGUACUAUUCUAAGAUGAUCACUGACUAGUAAGUUACGGUCAGUUAACAGAGCUUCCAAGAACUGAUUCAGUGAUCGCCAUGGAGACGGAUACAUUGAGAGCUUCAAAAGCACAGUGAAUCUGGCGGAUAGCACGUCGACACAGUCAUCUCGAAUCAGCCGUACUAGAAGUUUCCCCGGCUACUCUCCGUUUUUGAAACAUUCAGUGAUCGAAGAAGUGGAGAAUGAGUUCACAAUCCGAGGCGAUGAGAUUCGGGAAGAGCUUCAGAACGCGAUUGCUGCUCACAAUGCUCGUCAAAUUGAAGCCGCCGCCUCUCAAGAAUAA